AUGGCGCCAAUCGUCACUGUAAUCGGCUCGCUCAAUUACGAUCUAGUGACAUUCACAAACAAGGUGCCGCAAGCGGGCGAGACCUACCAGGCCAACGCCUUUGAAACGCACAUGGGGGGCAAAGGUCUCAAUGAAGCAGUCGCAGUGUCGCGGUUGUCGCCACCUGGACAAGUGCAUACGCGAAUGGUGGGCAGAAUCGGAAGUGAUGACUUUGGCCGCGGCUUGAAGCAAUGUUUAGUUGAUGCUGGCGUUGACGUGAGUUUUGUUGGCACGGUUGAGGGUUCAUCGGGCGUCGCGGUGAUUCUCGUGGAAAAAGACGGCGAAAACCGGAUUUUGAUCACGCUGGGCUCGAAUGGGCAGUUGAAGUUGAGCGAUGCAGAGUACGAGGAGAUAUUUCGUGGGGUUGAGCUGGGGUUUGUCGUUUUGCAGAAUGAGUAUCCCGAUACUGCGCGCACCAUAUCGUGGUUGAAGCUGAAUCGACCCCGGAUUAAUAUUGCUUAUAACCCAUCGCCGUUUAAGCUGGAGUUGGUCACGAGGGAAGCGUGGGGCAAGAUUGAUUUGUUGAUUGUUAACGAGGGCGAAGCGCGUGAUGUUGCAAAGUUGCUUUUGCCUGAGUUGGAGUUGAGUGAUGACUUGGCGGGGUUCAAGCUGUUGGCGAUUGAGAUUCAGAAGUUGUUGAAUCUGGAGAAUGUCGCGACCGUGGUGAUUACUAGGGGAAGCAAAGGUAGUGUGUUUUAUAAUGGGAAAGAGGGGCAGCCCACGUUUGUUGCGCUGAAGAAGGUUGACGAGGUUGUUGAUACAACUGGUGCUGGCGAUACCUUUUUCGGCGGGGUGGUUUCGAGUUUGGCGUUGGCCAAAAGCUUGGAGAAUGCUGUCAAUUUCGCUACUGCUGCUAGUGGUCUUGCUAUACAGAAAAAGGGUGCCGCUGAAGGUAUACCGUUGUAUGAAGACGUAGUCAAGAACUUGUAG